AUGCCUAGCAAGUACGACGAUGGAGAAAGCCGCCUAAACGAGUAUGAAGUAAUUAAAAAGAUUGGCAAUGGGAGAUUUGGAGAGGUGUUCCUUGUAAAGCAUAAAAGGACACAAGAAUUUUUCUGUUGGAAGGCUAUAUCAUAUAGGGGGUUGAAAGAAAGAGAAAAAUCACAACUAGUUAUUGAAGUGAAUGUGAUGAGGGAACUAAAACACAAGAAUAUUGUUCGGUACAUAGAUCGCUUUCUAAAUAAAGCCAAUCAGAAGUUAUAUAUCCUGAUGGAGUUCUGUGAUGCAGGGGAUUUGUCAAGGAACAUACAGAAAUGCUACAAAAUGUUUGGGAAAAUAGAAGAGCAUGCAAUUGUAGACAUUACGAGGCAGUUACUACAUGCCUUAGCUUACUGUCACAAUUUGAAGGAUGGACCGAAUGGAGAGAGAGUAUUGCAUAGAGAUUUGAAACCACAAAAUAUUUUUUUAUCGACUGGGAUUCGACAUAUAGGGAAAAUAACAGCUCAAGCGAACAGUCUGAAUGGAAGACCUAUAGCCAAAAUUGGAGAUUUUGGACUUAGUAAAAAUAUUGGCAUAGAAAGUAUGGCACAUUCAUGUGUUGGUACCCCCUACUAUUGGUCUCCUGAAUUACUUUUACACGAAACGAAGAGCUAUGAUGAUAAGAGUGACAUGUGGGCUCUUGGUUGUAUCAUCUAUGAACUGUGCUCAGGCAAAACGCCAUUUCAUAAGGCGAACAAUUUUUCGCAACUUAUUUCGGAACUGAAAAGGGGACCUGAAUUGCCAAUUAAAGGGAAGUCAAAGGAUCUAAAUAUGUUAAUCAAAAAUUUGCUCAGCUUGUCUGCGAAAGAGCGGCCCAGCGCUCUGCAGUGUCUGGGGUAUCAGAUCAUUAAGAGUGUGGGUCCCCCUGGGGGGGGCGUAGUAGGUGUAGCAGGUGUAGCAGCGGGCGUAGGCGUGGGUGCGGGUAUAGGAGCUGGCGUAGGCGUUGGGGCGGGUGCGGGUGUGGCUGUGGCUGCCACCCCCGGUGCUGUUGUCACGAGGAGAAAUCCAUCCAAGGAACACGCCGGUCUGCAGCUAGCCACCAUGGAAAACGGGAAAAAUGUGGAAGCAGCCAACUAUGUCAUUUCACCGAAUGUCUUGAUGAACCAAAGAAAUGACGAACAACGCGGGAGGAGAAGCUCCAGCUGCGUCAGCAGACAGAGCGCCAACAAUGUUACGAGUAAGGAUGAUAGGAAGUACCCCCAGGAUGGAGCUACUAACUGUCAUGCGGUUAAUGGGCACUACGGAGGUCGGGUUGAUAAGGGCCACGCGGAGAGGACCCGUAUUGAAAAGGAGAACGCGCAGCGGAAGGCGCUGGAGAUGAAGAUCCUGGAGAAGAAGCGGAUAGAGCGCUUGGAAAGGGAGCGCGUGGAGAGGCUGGAACGGGAGAGAGUUGAGCGGUUGGAACGGGAUCGAGUUGAGCGGUUGGAACGGGAUCGAGUUGAGCGGUUAGAACGGGAUCGAGUUGAGCGGCUGGAACGGGAUCGAGUUGAGCGGAUGGAGCGGGAUCGAGUUGAGCGGUUGGAACGGGAGCGAGUAGACCGCCUUGAACGGGAGCGAGUAGACCGCCUCGAACGGGAGCGAGUAGACCGCCUCGAACGGGAGCGAGUAGACCGCCUCGAACGGGAGCGAGCAGACCGCCUCGAACGAGACCGAUUGGAGAAGGCGCGUCGGAACUCGUACUUUCUCAAAGGCAUGGAGAAUGGGCCCAACGGAGGAGGCGGGCCAGCCGACGGGCCCAGCGUGGGUGCCAGCGACCGCAGGAGUCACAGCGGCGUGCGCAGCAGCAUACAGAGCAGUGCGAGGAGCGGCGUACACGAGAGUGUACGAAGCGGUGUGCACGAGAGUGUACGAAGCGGUGUGCACGAGAGCGUACGAAGUGUUGUGCAUGACAGCGUACGAAGCGGCGUGCAUGACAGCGUACGAAACGGUAUACCCGACCAUGUCCGCAAAAGCACGAGCAGCGCUUCGAACGUCGAAGGGAUGGGGAACGGGAGAGCUCUGCCACCCAACCAAGGUACUCACGGAGGAACCUUCUCUAGAGCGAAAGACACAAAUGAUCAUGUUAGUAAUUACAAACCAUACAUAUAUGACAGUAGAAAAGCAAAGAAUUACCAGGAGACCUUUGAUAGGAGUGACCUGCAUGGCUACAUGAAGAACAGCUCUAUAACCACGACGGUACCCUCCAGCCACAUUAUGCAGACACAGGGAAACAAAGCAGUGAGUGUGAAUAGUAAGUACCUGGGGGGAGGGGGUUAUGGAGGGUAUAGCAAUCACGCUGCCACUGGUCAGUACAUCACCAACUCGGUGGAGAGUGCAAAGUAUCGAGACCAUAGCAAGUACAGUGUCGGAUUGGCUGAGAAUGCAAAGGAGAUGUACAAAGAGACGGUGAACUCGAUUUGCUCCACGGAGUCGCAGUAUGAACGGGUGUAUAAUCGUAGUAACAGGGGGGUGCAUGCUCACAGUGGGAGUGGGAGUGGGAGCAGUGGAGGGGGGAGAAGCGUCGCAGGAGGGAGAAGCGGUGACGGGGGGAGAAGCGCCGCAGGAGGGAGAAGCGGUGACGGGGGGAGAAGCUGCGCCGGAGGGAGAAGCGACGAUCGGGACGGAGGGACCUGCAAGAGCAACAGGGUAUCAAACAUUUACUUUAAUGACAACGCCAGGAGGAGCGUCAGUGCGCUGCCACACAUGAAUGUAAUUAACGCGAAAAAAUGUGGCAUGUACAAUAACACGUGCGAUGAGGGCACGCUGAGUAAGAAGAGUGCCGAAGUAGAUCGGAGUUACAAGCACCUGGAGAAGGACAGGGAAUACCUUCUAGAGAAGCGCAAGAUGCUGGUGGAGAAGGAGAAGGGCAUCUACGACCGAAUGCGCCACAACAACGACUACGCGUAUGCGGCUGUACGCGGGUUCGACCGAGGCGAAGACAAGAAGCCGAACGAGCUGGAUAGGCGAAACAGAAGCCUCUCCAUGUGCAUGAACGAGCAAGAAAAGAGAAGGGACUCCUCCACGUAUAACAUGAAGAAGGAGUACCACGAGCAGCAAGAGCGGGGAGAACCCGGCAGCAGCUACACCGUGCAAAAGAGAAACAUGUACGCCUUAAAGAACUUCGCCCACAACGGCCCUGACGCCUACACGUGCAGGUAG